CUGCCUGCUCUGUGGGAGCUGCUCCCUCAGCCUUCACCUGGCAGAGCAGGUGUGCUUCCCUUCUGACAGGAAAAGUCAGACCCACCUGUGAAAAAAAGUUCUCUUUUCUUGAAAGCAACAUUUAAACUCAAAUGCCAGUGUUAAUCAGGGUGAUCCUGCAUGUUUUUGUCCCAUCUGAGAGGAAAGCCUACAGUGGAGUGCCUUAAGUGUCAUAAGGUAGCUGUUUUCUGCCGACUUUCAUUCAGCUUUUCUCACCUACAUUCAAGCUGGCACAUCUGCCCUCCUGCUUCUAACAUCCUGACUCAGGGCAGCCCAAAAGCCUGCAAUCAAACAGGAAUCUUUUAAGAAAACGAGAUCAGCACCUCCCAGGCUGCCUUCCCCGCUCCCUCCAGCAGCUCCUCCGUAUGGCACAUCUGCCAGAGGCUCAGUGGGAAACCCUGAGCUCAGCACUGCCCGGCCACAGGGUUGUCACAGCUUGUAUGUUUCAGCCUUGUUAAGUGUGAUUUCCAGUCAGGUAUUGAUUUCUUUCAGACAGACAGUGACACGGCGUGAUCUGUGGCACUCCUUGCAAAGGUUUUCGCAGACGGUACCACGGUCUGUGCCAUAUGGCUGCUCUUCCUCUGGUAAAAAGCUCUCGUGUUUGCACUGCCUCACUUUUGCUGUGCAAGAUUAUGAAGGCAUUUUACACACAAACCCUACUGGCAAUUUAGAGAUAAAUUCAAUAGUUCUAUGCUUGCAAGGACCUCCAAGCUCAUCACACUCAGGAACUGAAUUGGGAAUGUAUUGUGCUGAACGCUCAGACCAUUUUGGGUUUUGGGAGUUGAGGGUCUUCUAGUUACUUUUAGGUUGUUUUUCAAUAGCUUUGUAGAAACCAUCUAUUAAAAAUCAUCAAAGUGCUUUUGAUUACAUUUGAUUUCCAAAGGCAGGAAGGUACAAACAGAAUGUCUUUCUGCAGUUCACCCUUUUAAGGUCUGACAUUCUGUAUCAUCUCAACAGCCAUGUGAGAUGAGAGCAGAGCAAGAGGGAAACAGCUUGCUCACUUCACUGUCCAUUUUGUCUGACAAGCUUGUGAUAAAUUUGAACAAGCCUCCUCGAUCUGACACCUCCUCUUCUCUCCUCCCCUGCCUGGAUUUUCUGCCCGCAGCAAUAAAUUCAAGCACGGAUUCAUCCCACUCCCACAGGAAGCUGUAUGCUCCUCGGUGCAGAGAAUCAGAUGAGGAUGGAUAAGAGAUCUCGAAGCUCUUCCAGGGAGUCCCAUAGGAGAAAGAGAGAGUCUCCAGCUACGCAAAGGAAACGGGAGAAGAGGGAGAGAAGCAAAGAAGCCAGCAAAGAAACAGGAGAUAUAAGGCAGGAGAAAACAAAGGAGAUUAAGAGCACUGUAGGCACUGAUGGUAGGGUGCACACAUCCACAGUGGUGGACGUGGAUGAUGUGAUAUCUGAUGAAGAAAUGGAAGCAAUGAUGUUGCUGGACAGCGAGCAUCAAGAAGAAGGUAUGAAAUCUCCUGGUCUCAACAUCUGUGAGUGGCUUCUGACUAUAUUGUCUUUCCUGUUCAUCAUAAUGACUUUCCCCAUUUCUGUCUGGUUCUGCAUGAAGGUAGUGCGGGAGUAUGAGAGAGCCAUUGUUUUCCGGCUUGGGCAUCUCCUUCCUGGAAGGGCCAGAGGGCCUGGUCUUUUCUUUUUCCUUCCCUGCCUGGACACAUAUCACAAAGUGGACCUCCGCCUCAAAACCCUCGAGAUCCCCUUCCACCAGGUGGUGACUAAAGACAUGGUUACACUGGAGAUAGAUGCUGUCUGCUAUUACCGUUUGGAGAAUGCCUCUCUUCUCCUCACCACCCUCACCAGCAUCUCCAGUGCCAUCCAGCUGCUGGUGCAAACCACCACAAAGCGCCUCCUGGCACAUCGAGCCUUCUCUGAACUUCUGUUGGAGAGAAAGAGCAUCAGCCAGGAGAUAAAGGUGGCUUUGGAUGCUGUCACAGGCUGCUGGGGGAUCAAAGUGGAGAGAACAGAAAUCAACAAUGUGCAGCUGCCUGCUGAAGUCCAGCAGUCCUUGGCCGUGGAAGCAGAAGCCCAGAGGCAGGCCAAAGUGCGGGUGAUUGCUGCUGAGGGGGAGAAGGCUGCUUCUGAGUCCCUGCGGAUGGCAGCUGAGAUCCUGUCCAGUGCCCCUGCUGCUGCUCAGCUCCGUUACCUUCACGCGCUGCACUCCCUUGCUGCAGAGAAACCUGCUGCCUUCAUCUUACCCUUACCUUUGGAUCCCACGAAUCUGGUCUCUCCGGCUACCCGCAGCCCUCCAGGAGUGAGCAGCGUCAUCACAGACACCACAGAGCUCCCAGAAAGCGUGAAAGACAAGAAGGACUCACCCAUGCUGUAAGAGUUAUCCCAGAAUUAGUUGCCAUAAGCACUGAUUAAUCCUGCUCAGAGAGGAGCAAGAUGGCUGGUCUAUGGACAGCCCACCAGCAGGUACUGGACUGCAGACAGGAGGGAAAGCAGCCCAGACCUGUAAUAUAAAAGUAGAUUAUACAUGAAAGAAGCUUCUGCUUGUUUUGGAAAGGGAAAAAUAUGGAGCACAAUGAGCAGUGUUGGUGCAUAUGUGAGCAGGGGACUGAGGGAGAAGUGCCAUCCCUUCCUUUUCACAUCACCUGAUGCACCUUGACACAAAAGAUCCCUGGGAUCUGAUCUGUCCUACCUCAUUACAUUGGCAGGAAAGCCUGACUAGCCUCUAUAUGUUUAAACACCCCAUCUCCAAAUGAACAGCCUGUCACACAUCAUUUGUUACAGGGAAAACCCCACAGUGGGAUAAAAGAGGCAGGCACAGGUUGCCUCCUACGAGUGAACGUCUUAUCGGAGGGCAGUUUUCCACUGGCUCUGCCUUUACACUCAGGCUCUUGGGGUUUUCCCUUUUACACUUAGCUGCAAAUGGCUUUUUUUUUUUUUUUUUUUUUUUUU